AUGAAGGAACACAUAUUCGAGUUACCCUUGUGCUAGGGGCGGAUUACCAGUUUUUUUAGUAAUUAAAAUGGAUCGUAAACUGCAGAUUUUUACAGAAAUUAUCUAUAAGCAACUAUGUUAAAUAUGAAAUUGGAAACUGAUUAGUAAAAUAGCUUAUCCUUCGGCAGGAUCAACGAAAUUAAUUUAGCCUAUUGA